CAAAAACAAAAUAAUGAGUGCGACAGUUAAGACAAGUGCUCGCUUGAAAAACAAACGCCGUCCUGGUGAUCCUUGGAUAUCGAAAAAUCGCGUUCUAAAUGGUGGCACCGGCAAAUCCAAAAGAAACUGUCCCAUUUACCGUAAUCCCAAUUUCGAUACGGAUGAAACUAAAUUGCUUAUACAACUGUGGGGUGACCCCAAAGUGCAACGUGAACUUAUUACCACCCACAAGAAACAUGUUGUCAUCUCACAAUUGUCGGCCAAAAUGGAAGAAUACGGUUACUAUCGUUCGCCCGAAGAAAUCACCACACGCAUUAAGAAUAUGAAGUGUUUUUAUAAUCGUUUGAAAAAGGAAAUGGAAACGAACAAGGGCAUGGAUCCUUCUUGGCGUCACUAUACCGAAAUGGAUGCCAUAAUGACAAGACCCAUAUUUAGUGUGCGACCGAAUGAGGUGCCGGCACCUUCGUUGAAAUAUUUACUAGAACAGGAACAGGAAAAACGUAAAGAGCGUAAACGCAAAGCGGAAGAGGAUGGUUCCACAAUAUCUGAUAGUGAUGAAGAUAUAGCCGAUAUCUUGGCUGUUCCUAGCAUGGCCUCCAAUAACUCAACAAAACAAGGUGUCAGCAAAGAAAUAUAUGGUGAUGGAGAAUCCAGCACUGAAAUGGAAUUUGAGGCAGAGGAAACAUCUUCAAAAACGUCUGAAAAUAGCAUAGAGAAAAGAAGAAAAUCCUCAAAUGAAGAAAGCUCCCAAAAUAAAAAUGAACCAAUUAUAAACGAUGAGGAAAUGGCUAUAAAAUUGGAAAUGGAAUCAGAACAAUUCCAAGAAUACCAAACUAUAGAUGAAACUGAGACAACUAACAAAGACACAAAUGUCACAAAAACAGAUGACACCAUUAAAACCAUAAAUAUAUCGGAAGAUGAAGAUUUGUUGGUGCCCAAAAUGGAACCAAUUGAUGUGGAUGAGGAGUAUGAUAAGACAGAAAAACCAAACACUCCAGCUGCAAACACAAAUCAAAGUUUCACACAAUUGGCGGAUAUUUUAAAGCAACCAGCUAAGACACAAAAUAUACCACCACCUACCAUGAUUAAAUUUGCAAUGCCAGCAAACUCCUCAACGACCACUAUAUCCUCGGCCAAUGUCUCAACAGGCACUCAAUCGAAAAUCUCCGUGGUCUCACCCACCAUACUAAUGCAUCCUCAGAUGUCUGGCAAGUCCACUAUAGCCACAACAACAGAUCAACGGCAAGUUCGUUUACCCGGCAAUUUACAUGCUCUAUUGGCUGCCUCGGGCUCUAGGACCACAGUAACCAAUGCAAACGGAAUGAAAUUCCUUAUAGUGAAUAGCGCCGAUCAAAGAGGUCCACCCAUAACCACAUCCAAUCUAACAUCUGCCAUACCUUUAACGGGUACUAAUCGUCCAAAUACGCAAACAAAUCAAACGAAUGUUAAAAUUAUACAAAAUACAACACAAUUGCAGCAACAACAGCAGCAACAGCAGCAACAACAACAGCAGCAACAGCAACAACAACAGCAAAUACAACAAAAAUCUCAGCAACAACAAAGUUCUCUCUUGAAACAGAAAGAAGCCGCAAAACGUGCAGAUAUGCGACAGGAAUAUCGUGAUCAAUUGAAGAAACGUGAUCUUUUAGAUCUGUUGGCAAAUGCUUCCGAUGCAGAUGAUUCCGAAUGUGGAACACCAAAAAAAGUACAAGUUGGCAAAAAACGUCGAAAGGCAUACAAACAAAUUAGACCAAAAGUUAACACUGAAUGGUGUCACAAUGACAUUGUUAAACUAAUUAAUGCUGUUGAAGAACGUCCAAGGCUUUGGGACCACGGCUCACCACAAUAUAAAUUGCCAAAAAUACCAGCUUGGCAAGAAGUUGCUAAUUUUAUAGGACAACGAACUGCAGACGAAUGCAAAGCUAAAUGGUCAAAUCUGCGGGUGACAUUUAAAACAAACUUGAGCAAAAGAAAAAAAUCCGGUUCGGCUGACGGAGGAUUCAUUGUUUGGAAAUAUUUUAAAGCAAUGAUGUUUUUAGAAGUGAAUGAAACGUCUGCAACUAAAGAAUCAAUUUCAUCAAUUACACUACCUGGUGAAAACUCGAAUUCGUCAGCAAUAGAAAGUGAAUCAACGUUGCCAAAACUUGUUAGAAUAGUACCAUCGGUUCAACCAGAGCCGCCGUCACAAUCACAAUCAUCGUCUUCUGAUGCAUUUAAUGAAAUGGUUGCAAAGGCGAUCUCUAAAAUUGCUGAAAAUACAGAUGCAAAAGACCAGUUUGACAUUUUUGGUGUUUAUGUUGCUGCUGAAUUGCGCAGUCUUCCACUUGAAAAAGGAGUGCUUGCUAAAAGGAAAUUGGCUCGUGCUCUGAUGGACAUUAUGGAUGAAGCUGAAAAUUCUAUUUAAUCAAGCUUCAAUUAUUCCUAAAAAUAAUAUGAAUUGUGACAAAUGAAAAACCAACAAAUGUUAUAAUAAUUAAAUAAACAUAAUUAAUAUUAACAAUAUUAUAAA